AGAUGAACUCCAGCCACCAAGCCGGCAUGCGCACGGCUCUCCACCUCUGGAACCACAGCGCCUACCGAGGGCACAGCAAUGCCAGCCAGGCCCCGGGCCAGGGCUACUCGGAUGGAGGAUGCUACGAGCAACUUUUCGUCUCCCCCGAGGUGUUUGUGACCCUGGGGGUGAUCAGCCUGUUGGAGAAUAUUCUGGUCAUCGUGGCCAUAGCCAAGAACAAGAACCUGCACUCGCCCAUGUACUUCUUCAUCUGCAGCCUGGCGGUGGCAGAUAUGCUGGUGAGCGUCUCCAACGGGUCGGAAACCAUCGUGAUCACCCUGCUGAACAGCACCGACAGCGACGCGCAGGGCUUCACCGUGAACAUUGACAAUGUCAUUGACUCGGUGAUCUGCAGCUCCUUGCUGGCCUCCAUCUGCAGCCUGCUCUCCAUCGCAGUGGACAGGUACUUCACUAUCUUUUAUGCGCUCCAGUACCAUAACAUCAUGACCGUGAAGCGGGUGGGCAUCAUUAUCAGUUGUAUCUGGGCAGCUUGCUCGGUGUCUGGUGUCUUGUUCAUCGUUUACUCCGACAGCAGUGCUGUCAUCAUCUGCCUCAUCACCAUGUUCUUCACCAUGCUGGUUCUCAUGGCCUCGCUCUAUGUCCACAUGUUCUUGAUGGCCAGACUUCACAUUAAGAGAAUCGCUGUCCUUCCGGGCACUGGGACCAUCCACCAAGGGGCCAACAUGAAGGGAGCGAUCACCCUGACCAUCCUGAUUGGAGUCUUUGUGGUCUGUUGGGCUCCCUUCUUCCUCCACUUAAUAUUCUAUAUCUCGUGUCCCCAGAACCCAUACUGUGUGUGUUUCAUGUCUCACUUUAACUUGUAUCUCAUUCUGAUCAUGUGCAAUGCCAUCAUUGAUCCUCUCAUUUAUGCACUCCGGAGUCAGGAACUGAGGAAAACCUUCAAAGAGAUCAUCUGUUGGUAUCCCCUGGGAAGCCUCUGUGACCUGUCUAGCCGAUACUAAAUG